GGAAAGCACGAAGCAGAAAAGAGAAAACCCUAAAACCCCAUUCGAGAGAGGCAGAGAUAAAUAAAAAGUUCCUUAGCUCAAGAAGAUGAUUAUCCCCGUACGAUGCUUCACUUGCGGAAAGGUGAUUGGGAACAAGUGGGAUCAGUAUCUGGAUCUUCUCCAGCUUGAUUACACUGAAGGGGACGCACUUGAUGCCCUCAACCUUGUGAGAUACUGCUGCAGGCGUAUGCUAAUGACGCAUGUUGAUCUGAUUGAGAAGCUUCUCAACUACAACACUUUGGAAAAGUCAGACAACAGUUAGAAGGGGACGGAAAUCUGCUGAAGAGUAUCCCUCCUAAGAAUAUGUAUGAAAAAGUCUCUGUGUUUGGGUGUAGAAACUUGAAUCGAUCUGAAUAAUAUGGGGUUUUGAAAGACGCUAGUGAUUUUGUCAUAUGUAUGUCAGUGACGGCUGUGUGAUUCAGUGUUAUAAUUUUAUGAGCUGAAAGAAUUGUUUUCCUUUUGAGUAAUUCAUCUUCCAGUAGUUCUCUCAUUUUGUCUUCAUCCUCCUUCAUAGCGUUUUUUUUUAUUUAGUGGAGAAUUACAUCCUCG